CCAUCCCAUCCCUGUUGUACUUUGGUGAGCAAAACAUUCUCUCACCUUCUUUCCACCCAGAGAACUCUUUUCUUAUGCCUCAAUUCCGCUCAUCAUUACCUCAGACAUGAAUACACUGCCCUCUUGAUUAUUACAUAUCGACACCAUGUCUCAACAUACAACUACCUCUGGUCCGGCGCUCGCUAGGUCGUGCUCGCCUAGCAACCGAUGACGUAUCUGUGGCCGUUCUCGCCAGCCCACCCGACCAAACCAGUAACUUCCUUCAGCCCUGACCAGUGACCACAAUCACCAACGACAUCUGACUAGAAUCUUUUGCCUCACUCGGUCUACACAAAACAAUCCACCUCCACAUCUCGAGAUCCCAGAUCGUUCCUCUCAUUCCCCUGUCCUAUUCAUCACCUGACAGGAUUUCCUCCUACAUUCGGGCCAUUGGCCCACCACCUGGUUUUCGUCAUGUCCGCCGCUGCUGCCACUUCCUUCAAGUCGCCUCCCCAUAGUCAUUCUCACUCGCAUUCUCGAUCACAAUCACACAAUCAUUCUCACUCUCACUCUCACUCUCACUCUCACUCUCACUCUCACUCUCAUUCUCAUUCUCAUUCUCGGUCCUCUAGACCAUCUACCACUCCUCGAGGCCCUCCUACCGCCAUUUCUGUUGGUCAAUCCAUGCCACCUUUGCUCACACCCAAUCCAAACCUUGAGACUCCCCAGCCCUCGAUAGAUCCUAAAAGCCCCAGUCCCAGCUACUUCGGUUUCGUCGUUGGCACCGACGACUCUAUACCGCCCGACUCUAAUCCUGGCAUCCAUGCCCGACAAAAUUGGACCUUCCCUUCCUCUUCCCAAAGUACUCUGCCCACUCCGCGCCAUUUCCCAGUCGAGUCCAACCCCGAUUUCGAGGCAUUCCGAAGGCAGUCAGAACACAACCAUCGCUUCUCCUUAAAUACCUCAACUUCCUCCCUCGGCAGGCCAUCACAAUCGAGAAACCCCUCCUCAGGUUCGAACCUUGAUACUCCCACUUUCCCUUUGAGCAAAAGGCCACAUCUUGAAAGGAGCGCCCAGACAAAAGAUGGUUCGCAAUCACAAGACCACCCCAUGGAAGGCGUUUCUUUGUUUGACCUCCCCAGGCAGUCUUCGCCACUCUCCUUCAAUCAUCCAAACAGCGUCGCAGAGCAUCAACAUGCCAGAUUGUCCCUCCCCAUGAACGGCGUCCGCACAGCUCCCGCUUUUAACACCCUGAGACAAACCCAACGCUCAGACACAGUUCCUCCUCUCCCCGACACAGAAGCGAAUCCACUCUACUCUCCCGUGGAAAUCGGAGACCUGAUAAGGACCAACCCUCAGGACGUCCUAGUUCUGGACCUCAGAGUCUACCAGCAGUAUGCCGCCUCGAGAGUAAAGGGCGCCCUGAAUUUAUGUAUUCCAACGACGCUUCUAAAACGACCUGCAUACAAUGUUCAGCGUCUUGCCGAUACCUUCACUUCUGAUCACGAUAGAUGCGUCUUCGAACGAUGGGCUACUUGCAGCCACAUAGUCGUUUAUGACUCGAACUCUUCUCUGACCAAAGAUGCAAUCGCUCCUUUGAACGUCCUUAAAAAAUUCAAGAGCGAGGGUUGGAAAGGAGAUGGGUGGAUUGUCAAAGGUGGGUUCUUGGCCUUUUCCAAAUUGGUCCCCGACUUGGUCGACUCAGGUCCUGUUGCAUCCGGACAGGGGGCAUCGACACAGUCCUUGUCGAUAUCUGCCGGUGGUAAAGAGACUCUUGCCGUCGCAGGUGGCUGCGCCAUGCCAGCAGAGAAGUCAGCAGCGAAUCCUUUCUUCGGAAAUAUUCGUCAGAAUAUGGACCUCUUGGAUGGUGUAGGACAAAUGCCUAUCAAACAGCCAGUAAACAUGACGUCCACCACCGAACGACAGCUGCCUCGCUGGCUCAAGCAAGCCUCGGCCAAGAAUGAUCAAGGCAAGGCCGUUUCGGAAAGAUUUCUGAAGAUUGAGCGCUACGAGCAAAAGAGAAUGCAGGAAGCUUUGAGUGCCAAGGUCUCCUACGGAACUCCUCGAUCAGAGCGGCCGUCCAAAAUACAAGUUGCCGGUAUCGAGAAAGGCUCCAAAAACCGAUACAACAAUAUCUUUCCUUAUGACCAUUCGAGAGUCAAGCUACAAAACGUGCCACAGGGAAGCUGUGAUUACAUCAAUGCCAGUCAUAUCAAGGCAGAGUUGUCGAAUCGACACUACAUCGCUACCCAGGCUCCCAUCCCUGCUACCUUUGAUGACUUCUGGCGAGUUGUUUGGGAACAGGAUGUGAGAGUAAUUGUCAUGUUAACUGCCGAAUCCGAGGGUGGUCAAGUAAAGUGCCACAAGUAUUGGACUCCAGGUGUUUAUGGCUCCCUCAAAUUAAAACAACUUUCCGAGAAGAGGAUCGUCUUGCAAGAAAAGAAGCCAUCAACGAAAAGCCCACAAACGACAUCUCGGCCGUCUCUUGGUGCCCGAAGGUCAACCACAGCCAACAUCACCAUGGAAGAUGACAAGUCGGCUGCAAAGUCGACAAGUAUUGUUGUGCGACACCUUGCAUUGAGCAAUUCAUCGCAACCCUUCCAACCCCUGCGAGAGAUUACUCAAAUCCAUUAUUCAGACUGGCCUGACUUGGGAACCCCAGCGAGCCCAUCUGAACUUCUGGCACUGGUAGAACAAGUUAACAAAUGUAUCCGGAAAUCGUCUGCUCAAGACGUAGGGGAUGUCGCGCCCGAGGGACAACGACCUGUGUUGGUACAUUGCAGUGCCGGGUGUGGACGAACAGGCACAUUCUGUACCAUCGACUCGGUUAUCGACAUGUUGAAACGACAGCAGCUCUCUGAUAAACAUGGUCAUCCUGACAAAAUGGAUGUCGACGGUGGAGAUGACUGGCUGUCUCGAGACGACACGGAUUUGGUGGCCAAGACAGUGGACGAUUUCCGCCAUCAGCGACUGAGCAUGGUACAAAACCUUCGACAAUUCGUCUUGUGUUAUGAGAGCGUUCUCCAGUGGCUCGUCUCUCGUAGCAACGAAUCGCAACCUCAGAAGCGGCCGAGCAUGGCUGACAGUAGGCGGAGUUAUCAAGGCAGCUACGAGAUGAGAAGCUGAACUGGUCUGCAUGUGCAUCAAGCAAGGUUGAUUUAUGACUGAGCAUAUGAUUGUGAACAUCAUGGACACUAUUUCGGACAAUGGAUCGAUUAUCACUACCUGACUUCGCAAAGAUUCGCAUUCGGUUUCGGCGGUAUUUGUCCUGUACGAUUGCUCUAGGGAAUGGGUUAUGCAUAGCGGACGACAGGGUGGCAGGCCCAUGUCAAUUUACGACCAGUCUUAGACCAGAACUAUAUUACUAUGUCGUCGAGCCUCUAGUAAUUACGAAUGCAUGUGUUUUUACCUUUUCCGCAUUUAUGAUCUGAUGGUAUCCAUUGAGGCUCUAUGACAACACCGUGAAACUCCAAGCAUGCUCUAAAACCACAUCCCAAAGGGACACAAUUCUAUCAACCCCUACCCAGUCAUACCACAGCUCGCAUUACUUUCAGCGUUCCAAGCCAAAUGCAAAAACGAUUCAACGGUAAAAACACACUCGAGACAACAAUAACACCGAAAAACUAGACCGGCUCGACUUGUCGACGCCAUAGCAUGAAACCCACCAAAAGGAGAAGAGAACCCAUGAAAUGCCCCUCCCUAUAACCCACGCAGUCAAUCAAUGCUUCACUCCAGUCUCAAACUCACUCCAGGUGGGUCGUAUUAAACAAGCGAUUUCCCGUAUCCGUCGAUCCUUUGCCCGUGAAUGAAUUGUGCGAAAUCCUCAAUGCCGCCACUGUCGUAUGACUUCGAGAAGCCUCGCGAAUCUUCCGAAACGUAGGAAUCGCAUCGAUAAAGAGCACUCCCGUCACAACAAAAAUACGAAACUGCCUACCCAAAUUAAGCUCCUUAUCCAAAGCAUAAACCCGUUCGAGAAACCCAGUCACUGUCUUCCCAGUAUUGAUCACCGAAUCCACCAAGAUAAUCGCCUUCUUCCCCUGGAUAUGGCCAGCCUGAAUAUCCUCAGGAGUCUUCACAUGGAGAAACAUCGCACUGGGGAAGGCGUCGUUGACUCCAAAAGCCAUUGGUUCUCCACUACGCAUUAUUGCGGCAAUGAUGGUGGAUGAUUCAUUCUUGAGUCGAUAUCCGGGUACGGUAUGUCCUUGAACAUGCGUGAUGUCGUAUUCUUCGAGGCCGAUAACAUCGGCAACGCAGUCGAUGGCGACAAAGUAGCCAAGUUGUCGGUGAGCUUCGCGCAGGGCGGGGCCGGAGAUACCGGCAUCGCGGGUGCGUGUCAUCAGGAGGAGUUUGGCCUUGUGGUCCCGGGCGUAGUGGACUACGUUGGUUUUAGGCCGGCUCAUGAUUUCGUCCCGAAAUUCUUGGUCUGCGAUGUCACAUGUUGGGAAUUCGGUUGUGUCGAGUCGUGGUGUAGCAUUGGGGGUCAUGAGCACCUGGUUUGCCCAAAAGCCGUCUUCGGUGAUUGCUUUAGCAAGAACGUCAUCCAUGCUCUUGCUUCUUGUUUCUUUAUCGCCAACGAUGAUAAAGGCCUCGUCUGCUACUUUCAUCAUUGGCAUGUCAAGUGGACUGUUUCCGAAUGCCAACACUUCGAAUCGGCCAACUUCUUGUAUGUAUGAGACCAGAGAGGCCUUGAUUUCGGGGGUAAUGACUAAGGCGUUUGAACCUCGUCCUGAUCCCAUGACGACAACUUUACAGCCUGGGGCUUGGUUUUGGAGUACUUGUUUCCAUACCUUCUCUUGUCCACAAGUGAUGACAAGGAUAGUGGCCUGUUCACUGCUGUCGGUCCAUUUAAUGAGAGGUAGAAUUGCAGGAUACAAUUCAACCUCGCUGGCGACUUGCUUGCAACAAGCGUCAUAGUCCUUGUCGUCAAACGCCUCUCCGUAGAUCAAUGCAGCCUGUCGAAAGGCCUUGUACGAGUGCCCCAUAGGACCUGAGAAAACUUCAUUGAUCAUGACAUCUCCUGGUCGUGGUGGACAAGUAGUUUGGAGGCUGGGGUCUUUCCACAUCAUCUUGCCGGUGUCCUGGGGAGUUAAUGUGCCAUCCGUAUCCGUGGCAAUGACCAUCCAGUCGGGGGCGGGUUCGGGAAUUUUAUUCACUUGCUCUUCAAGUAGUUCAUAGAGAAAUUGCAAAUUUUGCUUUUCUGUGAGAAGAC